UACCUGAAGGGGGGUUCCAAAGAGGAUGGAGUUCGGCUGUUCUCAGUGAUGGCAGAUGACAGAACAAGGAGCAAUGGUCUCAAGUUGCAGUGGGGGAGGUCUAGGUUGGAUAUUAGGAAAAACUUUUUCACUAGGAGGGUGGUGAAGCACUGGAAUGGGUUCCCUAGGGAGGUGGUGGAAUCUCCUUCCUUAGAGGUUUUUAAGGCCUGGCUUGACAAAGCCCUGGCUGGGAUGAUUUAGUUGGGGUUGGUCCUGCUUUGAGCAGGGGGUGGAACUCGAUAAUCUCCUGAGAUUCCUUCCAACCCUGAGAUUCUAUGAUUCUAUGAUCCAGAGCUGACAGCUGUGUCCAUUAUGACAAGGGCUUUGAAACAUGGGUGGCUUAGACAGGAGCAGUCAUAAGGGCCUGUCUCAAUGCUGUAAAUGCUGAGGACUGGCAUCCACUUGACAUUUGUUGCAGGUCAACUUGAGUUAGUCCACAUUAAAGUGCCUGGCUCCAGCUCUGCUGAGAAUCCAGUGAUGUGUUAGCACUUCAGAAGUGAGGUCGCCAUGGUGGGAUAAGGUUACUCACAGCAAGAGAGCUGCUGCUGGAUCCCCACCCUGAACCAAUUGACAGGCAUUUUCCCCAUCCUCCUACUGCUAACCCAUGAGCCUGGCCGACUCUGAGUCAUCCUGUGCUUUUACCUGCUGUGGGGGCAUCCCGCCCACGUAACCUUCCCUUUUACAUGCUAACAUGCAGCCAGGUUGUCUUUUGUGUUUCCAGCUCUUGUGCAGUUCACCCCGCUCUCUCUCGUGCUCCUGGUUAACAGGCAGUCCUGCCCUGUGCUGCAGAGUGAUCCUGGUUUGAGAUCCAUUGUCCUGUGGAGAAAGAAGCUUUGAUCUGGCACAUCUGAAUGCUAGCCCCCAAGCAAGUGAAGGACAGGGCUCAUGGCCAGAAUCCUUGCCAGUGCCCCCCCACGCCCUCGGGAGAGGAGCUCGCGGUCGGUUAUACACGUUGGCUGGGGCAGCAGGGAGGCAGCAGUCGGCACUGGCAGGUGUGCAGGCUGAUGGUUUGGUGCUGGUGGCUUUCCCGCUGCAUGUCGCCACCUGGAGCCUGAGGAGUGGACGCUCGGGCAUGCGUCCGUGGGCCUCAUCAGUCUGGACACAGCAUUGAGUUCAUGGCCUCCACUCUGACCCUGGAACAGGAGCAGCUACUAAAACCAGAGUGUCCUAUUCCUGCCCUUUACAGGGUCUGCUGCGUCCUCCCUGGAGUCUGAGAUGACACCCCCAGGUGGCCCUUUCCAGGUAGCACAGGAAUCCACUCCAGUCUUUCUCCUAAUCCCUAGCACUGUGUCUGCCUGGCACCAGCCCAGCGAGCAUCUGUCACCAGGGAUGGCCAUGAAAACAGCAGGCUGGAACUCAGGGCCCAGCGGGGAAGGGUUCUGGCUCCACCUCCUGCCUCCUCCCCCAUUCUCCUCUCUCAUCAAUGCCAUCUCCAUAAACAAAGGGGGAGUGGGGCUGAGGUGGUGGCAGAGGAGUCAGCGAAAGGGAAAGAGUCCGAUGGUGAAACCCCACCCCUGCGUGAGUGAGCAGCACUGAGGUAAUGCAGCCCAGCCCUGGCUCCACUCACUCAUAUAAGGCAGCCACCGACACAGGUGCACUCAGGAGUGAGCGGAUCCUCUGGAGCUUACACAGACAGCGACAGGUGCCCGCAGGUGCUGCCAGCUAAGGAGUCCCACUCCCUUUCUGCCAUUGCCUUGAAAGUACCUAGGGCGUGGCAACAUGUCGAUGGGGCUGGAGAUCGGUGGGGUGGCCCUGUCGGUGGUGGGCUGGGUGGGCGCCAUCCUGUGCUGUGCACUGCCCAUGUGGAGGGUGACGGCCUUCAUCGGGAACAACAUCGUGACAGCCCAGAUCAUCUGGGAGGGGCUGUGGAUGAACUGUGUGGUGCAGAGCACGGGCCAGAUGCAGUGCAAGGUCUACGACUCCAUGCUGGCGCUGCCCCAGGACCUGCAGGCUGCUCGCGCCCUGGUGGUGAUCGCCAUUGUGCUGGCCAUCCUGGGGCUCAUGGUUGCCCUCAUCGGAGCGCAGUGCACCAGGUGCGUGGAAGAUGAGACCACCAAGGCCAAGAUCACCAUUGUGUCUGGGGUGAUCUUCUUGCUGUCUGGGAUCAUGACCCUCAUCCCUGUGUGCUGGUCAGCCAACACCAUCAUCCGCGACUUCUACAAUCCUGUGGUGUUGGAGUCACAGAAGCGGGAACUGGGAGCCUCCCUCUACAUAGGCUGGGCAGCUGCAGCACUGCAGCUGUUUGGGGGGGCUCUGCUCUGCUGCUCUUGUCCCCCCAAGGAUGAGAAAUACAUUGCAGGCAAGGUGGCUUACUCUGCUCCCCGAUCCACCGGACCCAGCUACGACAAGAGGAACUACGUGUGAGGAAGGCAGCGGAGCACCCCUCCUGCCUGCCCUGAUCCAUUCAUCAGACUGCUCCUGACUUCACUGCCUCCCUCACUGCUCUUUGUAGCCCUUAGGACCCCUGGGGAACAUGGCCACCGCUUGCUGCCCCAAGGACAAUGGUUGGCUGGCUGCUCACCAGACUGAUUGUCAUUCCAAGGGCUGGGUGGAGGAGGAACUGCUCCGUCUCCCUCAGGGCUGCUGGCGAGGGGAAGCAAGACCCUGAUAAGACUCUCAUUUCUAUUUGUAGAUACUUUGUCUUUGAUCUAUUACACCCCAGCUCUGAGACACCCUCAUCCCCACUGGCUGGAGAAACCCCACUGGGCUCCGUUCCUCCCUCAAACCCAACAGAUUCCUCCAGCUGGCACCCUGGCAAACACUCUGCCUGAGAGUCAGGCCCCAGGGCAGGGAGGAGCAGAAGGGUAACUUAGAGUGAAGAGGUAUUUGUGCUGAAUGUGCCAGCAGCCUCUCCCAGCUGGCACUGGCUAUGCCCUGGGUGUUAGGACCCCCUCCUUUUCCCUACCUCCCAGGAGUUUUCUCUGAGGCA